GUGCUUCUCCUCCUCCUCCUCUUCUUGUUCAUCCUCCAACAUUUCAAAGCUAAAAACAAAGCUACCAGGACAGACAGACAUCCAGAGGCAGUUGAACCAAUGGAUAGACAGGCCUCUGAAGACCCAAAGGAGGUCACCUAUUCCCAGGUAACCUGCCGCGUCCCCACCCAGGGGACAGCUGGAACACCCUCCUUCUUACCCAGGCAGACCCAGAUCAGCGAGUAUGCAACUCUUGCCCUAAGAUAAGCCAUAAAUUUGUACAGAACUUAGAGCUGCCUAUUGGAAGGUCCUUCCUUUGGAAUCACUGCUUCUAAAUCUAAGACCAUCAGCCAGGCUGAGGAGACCCACAUUACUCAGAAGGUCCUGCUGCCCCCUGAAUCUGGAGACCUCACGAUUAUUACCCAGUCUGUUGCAAAAUCUCUACUGUAAUUGCCCAACAAUUCCCAAGACCCUCGAAAGUUACUGGGAAAGUAACACGCUCAGAUCCACGUAGGACAAGAUGGUACCUUCUGCACAGCUGGAUUUCCACCUGCAGCCGCUUCUGGAACAGCUCAACCAGGAUGAGUUGAGCAAGUUCAAGUCUCUGUUGAGGACCCUUUCCCCAAAAGAUGAGUUACAGCGUAUCCCCCACACAGAGGUAGAAGAGGCAGACGGGAAGCAACUGGCAGAAAUUCUUACCAACCAUUGCACCAGCUAUUGGGUUGAGAUGGUGACCAUCCAGAUCUUUGAUAAAAUGAACCGAACAGACCUGUCUAAGAGAGCAAAGGAUGAACUCAGGGAAGCAGCGUUGAAACCUCUUCAGGAAAAGAAGCCUCCAUCAUUAGAGCUCACACAAGUACAGGGAGAAGAUAUCACAAAUCCAGGAGAAACAAAAGAAGGUUUGGAAGGAGAAAAACCAGGUAAGCAGGAUAAAUACAGAAGUAUAUUAAAGAAGACGUUUUCGCAAAUCUGGAAAAAGAACUUUUUGCCUGGAGCCAAUGAUGACAUCCAUAUUGUCACCCAGAGAUAUGAGAGGCUGAUCCCACUCUAUAACCCUAAAAUGCUUGCAGGGCCAUUUCCGCACACGGUGGUGCUACACGGUCCUGCGGGUGUUGGGAAAACCACACUAGCAAAGAAGGUGAUGCUGGACUGGACACAGGACAACCUCCCAGAGACCCUCGAUUCGGCCUUCUAUCUCAGCUGCAAGGAACUCAACCACAAGGGGGCGUGCACUUUUGCAGAGCUCAUGUCUAAGAACUGGCCAGAUUUGCAGGAAGCUGGCCCAGAGAUCCUAGCCCAGGCACAGAAAAUCCUGAUCAUCAUCGAUGGUUUCGAUGAGCUGAGAGUCCCCUCAGGGUCACUCAUCCAUGACAUUUGUGGUGACUGGAAGAAGCGCAAGCCGGUGCCCGUCCUCCUGGGGAGUUUGCUGAAGAGAAAAAUGUUACCCAAGGCCACUUUGCUGAUCACCACUCGACCGGGGCCCCUGAGAGAGCUCCGGCUCCUGCUGGAACAGCCGCUCCUCAUGGAAAUCGAGGGGCUCCUAGAGCCGGACAGGAGGGAGUAUUUCUUGAAACACUUUCAAGAGGAGGAUCAGGCACUGCGAGCUUUCGACUUGAUGAAGAGCAAUCCAGCUUUGUUCCACAUGGGCUCGGCUCCUGCCGUGUGCUGGGUCGUGUGCACUUGUCUGAAACUGCAGAUGGCGAAGGGAGAAGACCCGGCCCCCACGUGCCAAACCACCACAUCGCUGUUCCUGCGUUUCCUGUGCAGCCAGUUCACACCGGCCCCUGGCAGCUGCCCCAGCCAGCACCUCGUGGCUCCAAUGAAGGCUCUGUGUGCCCUGGCUGCUGAGGGCGUAUGGACGCAGACAUCUGUGUUCGAUGGAGAAGACCUCGGGAGACUUGGGGUGGAGGAGUCUGACCUCCGUCCUUUCCUGGACAAGAACGUCCUCCAGAAGGACAGAGACUGUGGGGGCUGCUACUCCUUCAUCCACCUCAGUGUCCAGCAGUUGUUAGCUGCCAUGUUCUAUCUUCUGGAGCGUGAGGAGGAGGAAGACGGAGAGAGCCACAGGGACGAUAUUGGGGACAUACAGAAGUUGCUCUCCAAGGAAGAAAGGCUGAAGAACCCCAACCUGACCCACGUCGUGUACUUCUUAUUCGGCCUCUCGAACGAGAAGAGGGCCAGGGAGCUGGAGAUCACUUUUGGCUGCCGAGUGUCAAUGGGCAUCAAGCAGGAAUUACUGAAAUCCAAGUCCAGUGGGAAUAAACCCUUCUCCUCGAUGAUGGACAUGAAGGAGGUGGUGUACUGUCUUUACGAAUCUCAGGACGAGCAGCUCAUAAAGGAAGCGAUGGUCCACGUGAAGGAAAUGUCUCUGCAUUUGAAAAAUAAAAUGGACAUCAUGUACUCAUCCUUCUGCCUCAAGCAUUGUCAAAACUUGCAGAAAAUCUCGCUGCAGGUAGAAAAGGGGAUAUUCCUGGAGAAUGACACUGCGUCAGAAUCUGACACAUGGGUCCAGAGGUCCCAGAAUGAUCAACACGUGCUCCCUUUCUGGAUGGACCUUUGUUCCAUGUUUGGCUCAAACAAGAAUCUGAUAUUUCUGAACAUCAGUCAGAGCUUCCUCAGUACCUCAUCAGUGAGGAUUCUUUGUGAAAACAUAGCCCAUGCUACCUGUAAUCUCCAGAAAGUGGUCCUCAAAAAUAUUUCCCCAGCUGAUGCUUAUCGGAAUCUCUGCAUCAUUUUUGGUGGUCACAAGACUCUAACGCAUCUGACCCUUCAAGGAAACGACCAGAAUGACAUGCUUCCCCCGUUGUGUGAGGUCUUGAGGCACCCAAAGUGUCAUCUGCAAUAUCUCAGGUUGGUAUCGUGUUCUGCCAGCGCCCAGCAAUGGGCUGAUCUCUCCUCCUCUCUUGAAAACAACCAGUCCCUCACGUGUUUGAACCUCACAGCAAAUGAGCUCCUCGAUGAGGGCGCCCACUUGCUGUACAUGACUCUGAGACACCCAAAGUGCUACCUGCAGAGAUUGUCAAUGGAAAACUGUCACCUUACAGAAGCCUAUUGCAAGGAGCUCUCUUCUGCUUUGAUUGUCAACCAGAGGCUGACACACCUGUGCUUGGCAAAGAAUGCACUCGGGAAUCACGGGGUGAAACUUCUGUGUGAAGGCUUGAGUUACCCCGAAUGUCAGCUACAGACUCUGGUGCUAUACUACUGCAACAUAACCAGUGAUGGCUGUAUUAAUCUCUCAAUGCUCCUACAACAAAAUUCAAGCCUUACACACUUGGACCUGGGGCUGAAUCAUGUCGGAAUCACUGGACUGAAGUUUCUGUGUGACGCCUUGAAGAAACCACUGUGUAAUCUCAGGUGUCUAUGGUUAUGGGGAUGUGCCAUCACCCCUUUCAGUUGUGUGGAUCUCUCAUCUGCCCUUAGCAACAACCAAAACCUGGUCACUCUGGACCUGGGCCAGAAUUCCUUGGGAUAUACUGGAGUAAAGAUGCUGUGUGAUGCCCUAAAACUUCAAAAUUGCCCUCUCCAGACACUCAGGUUGAAGAUAGAUACAUCUGAUGCUCGAAUCCAGAAGCUGCUGAAAGAAAUCAAAGAAAGCAACCCACAUCUGACAAUUGAGAGAGAUAAUCAAGAUCUAAAAAAUAACAGACCUUCUUCUCGUGACUUUAUUUUCUGAAUUCUCUGGA